CCCAAAUCCUGCUAAUACCGGUCGUUCCGUUCUCCGAUCUGCAUUAUGUGCUUUUCGAGUUCGUAAUCUUUAUUUUCUCGAUUUAUUAUGCUGUAAAUUCCGAAGUUAGGGUUUCCGUUAUGAUGACAUCAAUGUGAAACUAACUAAGAUUAUGCAUAUUAUGUUUUAAAAAAAGGACCCGAUAAUAUGUAUGGGUGAGCUACACAAAAUCAAACCUGAUCUCGUUCGUUCAGACGAAUUAAGACAGGAGGGGCAAUUUGGAGCAAUGGCUGCAACCGAGGAUGCUGACAGGAAACGUUUUGAGGACUGGAUGAAAGAGUACAACAAAGAAUACAAAACUCCAGAUGAGGAGGCGAUUAGAUUCAGUGCCUUUAAAGAAAAUCUUUGUAAUAUAGAGGCUCAUCUUGCAAAUCCAAACCUAGCACCACAUUGGAAGGGUCUGACCCAAUUUUCGGACAUGACUCUUCGUCAGUUCCUUACAGAGUACCUCGGAUGCACUUUUGGUGGUGGCUAUUUAGUUGCCAGUGACGAGCACGAGGAUGAGGAAGAGGACGAGGUCCAGGGUCAGGUCCUCGAGGACGAGGACAAGGGCAAGAGGGUGGCGGAGGUUGAGUACAAGCUCGAGGUUUCUGUUAAACACCAAAGAAGAGGCUGAUGAAAAGAAGGAUAAUUUUGGUGACAUUGCGGCUAAAGAUGAUGAUUAUAAGUUUGAGUGGCGUGAUGCAGGAGCAAUCGCUGCUGUCAAAAAACAAGAAGGUGGUAAGUCGAGUUAAAUUGCAUUUCACUAAAUGAGAACGGCUAAUGCGACCGUAGUAAAUGUUGCAUUAGACCUUUAGGUAGUGUUUGUUUCGUGGAUUGUAAUAGAAUGGAAUUUGCGCGGGAGUUGAAAUUUGUUUUUGAAUCUGGGAGUGUUUGUUUCACACAAUGGAAUGAAAUUGAAAUAUAGAUUCUCUUACUUA